AUGAAUAUCAUAAAAGCAUAAAAUUCUGAUUAGAAUUUUUUUAUUUGUGUCGAAAAUUAAUGCAACUUAAACAGAGUUAUAACUAAUUGGGAUUAAUUGCAGUAGCAUAAUUCAUGUGAUCACAAAAUUCUCCCUAAAAAUAAGUUUGAAAGCAAAGUUAAGUUUAAAUUAAAAAACUUUAAUUAACAAUAAUCGAUACAAUUUGAGGAAGAUCUUUUUUUAUUAAUUGAGAAACAAGAGUAGCAGAUUAUUUAAGGUUUUUAACAAAUUUUAGAGCAUUUUAAAAAGUAUAAAAAUUAUUUUGUAUUAAUAGAACGUAAUUAAAUACUUUUUAAAAAUUAAUAUCAAUUGACAAAGAAUAAGAAAAUAUAUUAACUUCACAUUUAAUCUAAGUAGACUUAUAGAAAUAUAUCAACAUCUUCCAUGAUUAAAUGAAGCCAAAUCAAUAAUAGUAAGUAACUAUGUUAUUAGAUGAAAUUUAAUUUUAAUUAAAUUGUAUGAACAAUGAAUUUCUUUCUUUUUUUAAUUUUUUGGAAUAGAAUUUUUUAUCAGAAAGUUAAUUUUCUAUAAAUAUCAACAAAUAGGAUGCUUCAAAGCCAAACAUAUUUCCAGAAACCCAAUAGUUAAUUACUAACUAAAUUAUAGUAGAAGAAAAUGAACAUCAAAAAUAAAAUAUUUACAACAAGCCACAGAAAAUAACAUAUGAAAAAAACAAAAAUAGGGAGGCUGAUUAAGAUUCGUUUUAAUAAUAAAGUUUUAUUACAAAUCCUUCAUAUGAUACCGAUGAUCAAAAUGAGCUUGAAAGCAUUCCUUUAAAAGGAUAUAAAUGUUUUCAAUAAUAAUAAAAUUAUCAUUCUACAGAAUAUAAAAAAUAAUAAUAUGACGACAUCAAAGAAUUAGUAUUACCAUAAGUGAUAGAUUAUAUUCCAAAAAAUUAGAAUUAAGAUACAACUUUAAAGAAUGAAAGAGAUUUAUAUGAAUAAAAAGUUCCUGUAGAAAAAUAGUUUAACCAACAAGAUUAAUAUGAGUAUUAAAUUUUUCAGAUAUUAGAAAAAAAAAUUUUUAAGAAUCUUCUCCAAACGAAAUUUAUUAUGGUGUUAGAUUUGAUAUGUUUAAUUCGGAUAAAAAACUAAUUUAUUAUUAAAAUUAUGAGUCUUUUAAAUCCAUUAAUGAAGGAAUCGGAUUGGUUGAAGGGGUAUUUUCAUUAUAAAAUGAUGCAGAAAUUAAUUUAAUUUUUUCUGAAUGCCAAAACAAAACUUUUGUAAACUUUUUUCUCAUAUUAGAAUGCUGAAAUAGGAAUCCUGUAAGUAAAUAAGUAUGGUCAAUUUAAUGGAAGUCUUAAAUAAGGUAGAAUUAUAUAUGGAAUGGAUGAAUAAGGAAGUAUAACUUCAAUCAUUUCAAUUAGAUCUUAUUUCAAGAAAUAGGUAAAUUAAAGGCAAUUUAAAAAUAUCUUUGAAUUAAGAAUAUCUGAUAUCUUAUUCAUCCAAAAAAAGAAUCUUAUAUUUUAUUAGAGGGGAGGCUGAAGUAAAAAAUACUACUUAGUAUUUAGGAAUAUUUUGAUGUGCAUAAAGUUUCUGGAAAUUUUAAAUUCUACGUUAAGUUAUGUGGAGUCAAAGUUACUAUUUUGAAUUGA